AAAAAACUCCCCGCCCCCCCAUGAACAAUAUUGCGUUAUAAACUUAUAGAGAAAAGCAUUUUCCUGCAACAAACUAAUUACAUUAUUUCAAUUCGAUUAAUAUAUUUUCUAACUUUUAUUUCUAAAUUUUUUGUUGGGACUCUUGGCAAUAAACUUUUUGAGAGCGUAAAAAUAGAUCUUAAACGGUGACUGGCCAUUUAAUGAUCAAUCGUUAAAAUGACGAUCCGAUAGAGGGCGCACAAAGCAGGAUAAACAACAUUUAGGCGUAACUAUGGAGACGUUCUUCAUAGUCUACUCUAUAAGUAUCUCUUUUCCCUCUAUAUUAUUAUAAUAUUUAUAUCUUCUGUAGUAGUAAGUGGAUUUAUUCUGCACAUUUUUAGAGAAAUAAAAUCAAGAAGUCUUCUAAAUACCUAUGGCAGCAAUCUACGGUCGGGGAACAAUAGUACCAGCUGAAAACUUCAAUGCUGAAAGAGCAGCAGCAAAAUUACGCAAAGCUAUGAAAGGUAUUGGCACAGAUGAACGAGCUAUAAUAGAUGUCCUUGUGACACAUUCCAAUUCACAGAGACAAGAAAUAAAAAGAAAAUACAAAAGUCUUUAUGGCAGGGAUUUAGUGGAAGAUAUUCAAGCCGAAUUAGGAGGCAAUUUUGAAGAUAUUUGUGUAGCUUUACUGAUGCCACAGAUUGCGUAUCUUGCAGAUUGCUUCUACGAUGCAUUACAGGGUUUAGGUACAGAUGAAAAAUGCAUAAUUGAAAUAUUAUGUACUCAUCAUAACAGAGAAAUCGAAGAAAUAAAGUCUUAUUUCAAACAAAAAUAUAACAAAGAUUUAGAAGAAUGGAUUACUAGCGACACAAGUGGUCACUUCCAAAAUAUUCUGCGAUCUCUGGCCUCAGCAGAAAGAGACGAGAGCGUCGAGGUAGACUUCAAAAAAGCUGAAAGGGAUGCCCAGAGACUCUAUGAUGGUGGUGUCAAUCAGUUCGGUGUAGAUGGCGAACUGUUCACGAAGAUUUUGUGUUCCAGGAGUGCAUCACAGCUUCAGGCAAUAUUCGAUGCAUACGAGAGGAUAGCCGGGCAUUCUCUCACAGCAGCCAUUCGAUCAGAAUUUUCUGGAGAUUCUAAAGAAACUCUUCUUGCAAUCGUGUAUUGCAUAAAGCAGAGAAAUCGUUAUUUUGCGAAGGAGUUAAAAGAAUGUUUGAAGGGGCUUGGGACAGAUGAUUCAGCUUUAGUUAGAAUACUUGUUUCGAGAUCAGAGAUUGACCUGGAGGACAUUAAAGAAGCGUAUUUACAGUUAUUUAAGAAAGAUAUAGCCGAGGACGUAGCAGCUGACACAAGUGGGGAUUUCAGGAAAGCUCUGCUGAGGGUUCUACAGCCAUAGUGGAUGUUUAUUUGGAUUGGAAUUUGUUUACCUUAAUAAUAUAUUACUCUGCAGACAUUCUAACUUUAAAAGCAGUUGUUGCUGCAUUUCUGAUAAUUAUAUUGAAAUAAAUAUUUUAGUAAGUUUU